UUAUACAAUACUUUUUUUACAGGCGUAAAAUCGGUAUCUUAAUGACAUAUUGCAGCCAUAAUUGGUACACUUACCCUAGAUUGUUUUAUUUAUAGCGACUUUGAGUCUCGUGACUACAUUCGUCUCUCUCACGGUGUGUAAGGGUGUUAUGAUAGCAGGCCGGGUUAUUACGUCCUGCGUUGGCUAGUCGAUCUGCUAUUUCGUUUCCCCGUUUAAGACAAGAGAGAACCUUAUCAUAGGACACACGAUACGAAGAGCACCAGUACCUAUGUAUGCAGCUGGAUUUGAACCCACUAAAACUCUCUUGUGCCUCAAGGAAUACUGGCCGGACCGCCCGCUAAGGCAUUACUUGGACCACUGCUAUUCCGUUUUGUGAAUACUUGUGUGACUAAGAAUCCAGCAGAAUGCGACUUGGGGUGAUUUCGGUAUAUUGCACAGUUGUUGGAUGUUCGGCUCACUGGUAGUUUCAGAUUCAAGCUUGAAGCACACUUGCACACUUGUAGAUUCCACAACUUUUGUAAUCAUUUGUACUUAUCUGUCGGUAUAGAUCAGAUGGUGGUAACACAGCGGAUGGUGGUAUGGUGAACUUGUGUUAUUGUUUUUGAAAAUAUUCCCAUUGUCAGGACAGUAUUUUGGUAGAAGCCAGCUGUGGAUAAUUUGAAGAUGGAUUUGACGGGAAGUGUGGUGAUGAUCAAUAACACCCGUACCAAUAUACGCUUGUAAAAAAUCUGGUCAAUUUUUCAUGCAGAUUUCCAACAAAUCUCCAACCCUUUGCAAUGAUCCUCGUUUGGAUGUACUGUGUUUACCUGACGGUUUUACUGGUACCAAACACCAGCGGCAAUGACUGUACCAUAACAAAUAGGUCUAGAAUAUGCUGGAUAGUUGAAUGCCCAGGUUCAAAUGUUCAUUUCUCGAUCAACUUCAAAAAUCGCAAACUUAAUGUGACCUGUUCCGACAAACCAAACUUUGAGCUGCUUCGGGACCAACCCAAUCUACGCAGCCUCACGUUCGACCAGCUGAUCUAUCAAGACUGCCAACUUCCGGUUGGUUAUCAGUCGCUUCUGGAGUUCCUUUCAGCCUUUCUCGAUCACACCCAACUGUCAUAUAUUGUUGAGUUGAUUUUAAUAAACAAUGCAGACCUAUCAGCGAAUGUAACGCUUGAUCCGCCGCUAUUUGUCGGACUCCACAAACUACAAACUCUUGUGAUCGAUAAUUUUGCUGUAUCGUUCGACAAACCACUGCCGCUCCAACAACUGCCAAGCGAUGUCAAUCGCUUUGCGGGUUCAAUUUUACACCAGCUCCAGGAAAAACAGCACCGCCAGACCAUUGCUGAAGGUGAUUGGGAAAUGAAUAUAAUGCCAAACGGGUUGGUUUCCAUGGUGCCCAAUCUUCAAAUGUUGACUCUCCACAGAAAUAACUUUAAGCAAGUCGAACACUUUGCGAAGCUACCAAGCUUGACUUAUUUUAACAUCAGUUCGAAUCAACUGAUGUCACUACACGAUGAGAUGUUCUAUGAACUGCCAAACCUCACAUUUAUUGACCUGUCGUCAAAUAAACUAUCCAGGCUAUCAGCCAAUUUGUUGCGGAUGAACAAGAACCUGAACAACUUUCUCGCAGAUAAUCAGAAUGGUUCCGGACUUGUACUAGAAGAUAAACUGUUCGCCGAUCUAAGGAGGCUUAUAAAAGUGUCUGUAUCCAACUGUAAAAUAACAACGCUACCGGAAUGUCUCUUCGCUGGAGCCACCGGGAUAACAUUUAUCGACUUCAGCAGCAACAAGCUGCAAAGCCUUCCAGAACAUUUGUUUCGUGGUUUGUCCAACUUGCGGUGGCUUUAUUUACAGAACAACGAGCUAAUGAGAAUGCUACCAGACACCCUGCUGGAGGAUGUAAUCAAUUUGCGUGUUCUUCACCUUUGCUAUAACAAACUAACCAUGCUGAACAGACAUCUACUGAAAAAUCUAACGCAUUUGGAAAAGUUACAUCUCGAACAUAACCAGCUACAUAUGAUCGAUGUGGAUGCGUUCACGUCUCAGACAGAGUCUCUAAUAACGCUCAAUCUCAGUCUUAACAGCAUUACGCUAAAUGAAGAUAACAGAGAUGUAUUCUACAGCAAUGAGGCAAUCAACAUCACGUCCGGUAUUAUUUUCAACACUUUGAACAAAGUUCAGGUCCUGGAUCUUUCGUAUAAUGCAAUCGUAAAAAUAUUAGAUCCUUUUAAAAAUUUUAUGGAAGGUCUUCGAACGCUCGACCUGUCCCACAAUUUGAUUUCACACAUAGAAUAUAAAGACUUGCUAUUUCCAUCACCCAAUAUCGAUCAAGUAAAUUUGGAGUCAAACAAGAUUACCCAUUUCGGCUUCGACCGUAGCCGGAUUGAAACGCACCAUCGCUUACCGAGGGAAAUUCUUCUAGCUGAUAAUCCACUCAACUGUGACUGCAUGUCCUACCCGCUAGUUACAUAUCUGAAAGCGAUAUCAUACGCCAGUAAAUCCGUCCUGCUAAAGGGUCUUGAAUGCACUCAGCCGUCCAAACUGUUUGGACUCCAACCGCAAGACGUGCAACUAGAAGAUUUGGUUUGCGAAAUUGAUACCUUCACGGAAUUCUGUCCGGCCGAGUGUAAAUGCUACAAACGGGCCGUAGAUCAAUGUGCCAUUGUGAACUGUAACGCAGCGAACCUUACCCGUGUGCCCGUCAUCCACAGCCCCUCUAACAUCGGGUGCAAUUUUAUUGAGCUGCAUCUUGCACAGAACAAACUGCAUCAUCUAUCCAACGCGGGCGAGGGAUGGAAUUUCGUUCGAUGGCUUAACGUAUCAAACAACAGCCUUAUUACACUGUCUGCAGAAAGUCUACCCGAAAUGCUUGAGCUGCUCGAUGUCUCUGGCAAUCAAUUAACCGAGAUCGAUGCCGCCUUCAUAGUCAAAUUAAAUCAAUCCACCCUGCAUAACAUCAGCCUUGCGUUGAAUCCAUGGGAUUGUUAUUGUGAAAAUCAACUGCUUACCUUUGUAGUCGAUAAUGUAGCGCGCAUAACCGAUUAUUAUACCCUCCAGUGUAUCGACGGUAGACCGAUCAACCUGGCUACUUUGAAAGAGCUGUGUCGUACGAUAACUUUGUCUCGUUUGUAUAUCAGCGUGGCAAUUUCAAUGGCGUCCGUUGGCUGUUUACUCUGCAUAUGGCUGUAUGCAAAAUUCAACUUGGCGAUCAAAGUGUGGCUCUUCAAGCAUAACUUGCUACAGUGGUUUGCCACAGAGGAACAAAUUGAUACGAAUAAGAGGUACGACGCAUUCAUCUCGUACUCGCACAAGGAUGAGGAUUUCGUCUCGAAGGAACUGUUGCCGAGGCUUGAGAGCGAAGAGCUCAACUUCAAAAUCUGCUGGCACGUGCGUGACUUUAUACGGGGGAGAUGAUCGCCAACGAGAUAACGAAAGCUGUUGAAGACUCGCGUCGUACAAUUAUUAUCCUCUCGCUCAAUUAUAUCGAGUCCAUGUGGGGCCAAAUGGAAUUCAGCACGGCGUACUUACAGUCGUUGGUAGACAAGCACAACCGCGUUAUUCCCAUCAUUUUAUACAAUACUUUUUUUACAGGCGUAAAAUCGGUAUCUUAAUGACAUAUUGCAGCCAUAAUUGGUACACUUACCCUAGAUUGUUUUAUUUAUAGCGACUUUGAGUCUCGUGACUACAUUCGUCUCUCUCACGGUGUGUAAGGGUGUUAUGAUAGCAGGCCGGGUUAUUACGUCCUGCGUUGGCUAGUCGAUCUGCUAUUUCGUUUCCCCGUUUAAGACAAGAGAGAACCUUAUCAUAGGACACACGAUACGAAGAGCACCAGUACCUAUGUAUGCAGCUGGAUUUGAACCCACUAAAACUCUCUUGUGCCUCAAGGAAUACUGGCCGGACCGCCCGCUAAGGCAUUACUUGGACCACUGCUAUUCCGUUUUGUGAAUACUUGUGUGACUAAGAAUCCAGCAGAAUGCGACUUGGGGUGAUUUCGGUAUAUUGCACAGUUGUUGGAUGUUCGGCUCACUGGUAGUUUCAGAUUCAAGCUUGAAGCACACUUGCACACUUGUAGAUUCCACAACUUUUGUAAUCAUUUGUACUUAUCUGUCGGUAUAGAUCAGAUGGUGGUAACACAGCGGAUGGUGGUAUGGUGAACUUGUGUUAUUGUUUUUGAAAAUAUUCCCAUUGUCAGGACAGUAUUUUGGUAGAAGCCAGCUGUGGAUAAUUUGAAGAUGGAUUUGACGGGAAGUGUGGUGAUGAUCAAUAACACCCGUACCAAUAUACGCUUGUAAAAAAUCUGGUCAAUUUUUCAUGCAGAUUUCCAACAAAUCUCCAACCCUUUGCAAUGAUCCUCGUUUGGAUGUACUGUGUUUACCUGACGGUUUUACUGGUACCAAACACCAGCGGCAAUGACUGUACCAUAACAAAUAGGUCUAGAAUAUGCUGGAUAGUUGAAUGCCCAGGUUCAAAUGUUCAUUUCUCGAUCAACUUCAAAAAUCGCAAACUUAAUGUGACCUGUUCCGACAAACCAAACUUUGAGCUGCUUCGGGACCAACCCAAUCUACGCAGCCUCACGUUCGACCAGCUGAUCUAUCAAGACUGCCAACUUCCGGUUGGUUAUCAGUCGCUUCUGGAGUUCCUUUCAGCCUUUCUCGAUCACACCCAACUGUCAUAUAUUGUUGAGUUGAUUUUAAUAAACAAUGCAGACCUAUCAGCGAAUGUAACGCUUGAUCCGCCGCUAUUUGUCGGACUCCACAAACUACAAACUCUUGUGAUCGAUAAUUUUGCUGUAUCGUUCGACAAACCACUGCCGCUCCAACAACUGCCAAGCGAUGUCAAUCGCUUUGCGGGUUCAAUUUUACACCAGCUCCAGGAAAAACAGCACCGCCAGACCAUUGCUGAAGGUGAUUGGGAAAUGAAUAUAAUGCCAAACGGGUUGGUUUCCAUGGUGCCCAAUCUUCAAAUGUUGACUCUCCACAGAAAUAACUUUAAGCAAGUCGAACACUUUGCGAAGCUACCAAGCUUGACUUAUUUUAACAUCAGUUCGAAUCAACUGAUGUCACUACACGAUGAGAUGUUCUAUGAACUGCCAAACCUCACAUUUAUUGACCUGUCGUCAAAUAAACUAUCCAGGCUAUCAGCCAAUUUGUUGCGGAUGAACAAGAACCUGAACAACUUUCUCGCAGAUAAUCAGAAUGGUUCCGGACUUGUACUAGAAGAUAAACUGUUCGCCGAUCUAAGGAGGCUUAUAAAAGU